AAAGCAUAUUCACUUUGUAUCAGUAGCCAAUGCAAGAUUGAGUCUUAUGUGUCUAAUACGUUUACGAACGUGGUGCUAGCUUUUUAGAGGGACACUCCACAGCUGUCAUUGCGUUUUUAAGCUGACAGGAAGAUGCAGCUGAACAUUUGCAAUAAAUCUCUCUUGGCGUAGUAAUCGGACACAUAGUAGUAGGGAGGCGUGGCAUCGAAACGAAACCGGCGAAUCCCUUAGACAUCAGAUUUCUCGACUAGUCUGACCCCUUGCUACCCGCCUGUCCCUAGUGGUUCGCUGUAACUGACAAGGAUUAGAGGUCUGACUGAAGUACUCCUGGGACUAACGUCAAAAUGUCGACCGCUACCAAGCUUGCUGUGUUGAGUGUGUCCGACAAGACCGGCCUCGUGGACCUCGCCAAGGGCCUCGCCGCCGCCGGUCUCUCCCUCGUCGCUUCGGGCGGGACGGCGACGAAGCUGAGGGAGGCGGGCUUGGAGGUCUCUGAUGUAGCAACAGUGACAGGUGCAGCCGAGAUGCUUGGUGGGCGUGUGAAAACCCUUCAUCCAACUAUUCAUGGUGGAAUUCUGGCUAGGGAUAUACCCUCUGACCUGGCUGACCUCACAGAGAGAAACAUCAGCCCCAUUCAAGUUGUAGUAUGUAAUUUGUACCCCUUCGUGAAGACAGUGGCUAAGGAGGGUGUCACAGUAGAGGAUGCUGUUGAGAAUAUUGAUAUUGGAGGUGUAACACUCUUGAGGGCUGCUGCCAAGAACCACAGCCGCGUAACAGUGCUCUGUGAUCCGGAAGAUUAUGGGAAAGUCUUAGCAGAAUUCAAGACUGGCAACACAGAUAUAACCACAAGGCAGCAACUAGCUUUAAAGGCAUUCACACACACUGCCCAAUAUGAUGACGCUAUCAGUGACUACUUUCGCAAGACCUACUCUAAGGGGAUGGCACAUCUGCCCCUUCGUUAUGGCAUGAACCCUCAUCAGAAGCCAGCUCAGGUUUAUACUCAAGGACCAAAGCUUCCUAUCACAGUUGUAAAUGGCUCACCUGGUUUUAUUAACUUGUGUGAUGCUCUUAAUGCAUGGCAACUAGUGCGAGAACUCCGUGCCGCUUUAGAUCUCCCUGCAGCAGCAUCUUUCAAACAUGUUUCACCUGCUGGAGCAGCCGUUGCCACACCCCUAACUGAGGAUGAGGCAAAAGUGUGUAUGGUGGAAGAUCUAGGUCCCCUCACUCCAUUAGCCAUUGCCUAUGCCAGAGCACGAGGAGCAGAUCGAAUGUCUUCCUUUGGAGACUUUGUGGCUCUGUCAGAUGAAUGUGAUGCUCUUACAGCAAGAAUCAUCUCUAGGGAGGUCUCUGAUGGAGUGAUUGCACCAUCAUACUCACCAGAAGCCUUGGAGCUUCUCAAGAAGAAGAAAGGGGGAAACUACUGUGUGUUGCAG